AUGGAGAAGCCUACGCGUAACCCGUCGGCGCUCAGCAUCUACCGGCCUGGCCUGUUCAACGGCAAAGUGGCCAUUGUUACAGGCGGUGGCACAGGAAUCGGCAAGAGUAUCGCGUAUGAGCUGGCGUUCCUGGGUUGCACCGUCGUGAUCGCGUCUCGGAACUUUGAGAGGUUGAAAGCUGCUGCAGACAAAAUUCAAGCAGACGUGAAGGCUGCCAACCCAGCGUCUGUGGGGUCGGUGUAUCCGAUUGCGUGCAACAUCCGUAGCGAAGAAGAAGUCUCGAGCAUGGUGGACGAAGCUCUUGAACGGUUCGAGCGCGUGGACUUCCUUGUGAACAAUGCUGGAGGCCAAUUCCGCUCGCUGCUGGAAGACGUGUCGCCCAAUGGAUGGAAGGCUGUCAUGGACACCAAUCUCAAUGGAACUUUUCUGAUGAUUAAGAAGGUGUUCCACGCCUACAUGAAGGAGCACGGCGGCAGCAUCGUCAAUAUUAUCAUCGUUUUGGACAAGGGCAAUCCGUGCUUAGCACACAGUGCAGCCGCUCGUGCAGGCAUUGAAAGCCUGUCCAAGUCGUUGUCGGUGGAAUGGGCUUCGUCUGGCAUCACUCUCAACUGCGUUGCGCCCGGUAUCAUCCUUUCAAGUGGUGUUGAGAACUACCCGAGCGGUGCUGAGAUGUUCGUGUAUGCGGCCGAAAAGGCCACUGCUGCUAAGAGAAUGGGCAGCGUUGAGGAGGUCUCCGCUAGUGUGCUCUACUACUUGUCCCCUGCUGGCGCUUACGUGACUGGCGACACUAUGCAUGUGGACGGAGGAUGGCACCUCAUGGGACCUCUUCUUGAUGUUCCAGGCCACGAAAACAACCGCCCGUACGGCACAUGCAAGCUGUAGGUAGAGCAACGAUGCAGAGUAAUGUUCGAAGGCUAUGAUUGCCAUUCUACUUACUUUGAUGGUCCUCAGAUAAAGCAGAGAAGACGACGUAAACUACUUUUCUUGUGAUGACA